GGUAUUGCUGUUUUUAUAGUUUUACCAUUGGGAUUAUUAAAAAAUGUUAAUAGCUUAAAUUCAAUAUGUACGGCUGCAGUAAUAUUUUAUGCUUGCUUGGUAUUUAAGAUAUUUAUAGAAGCAUUUGAUAAAAUUUUCUCAUCAGUUUGGCUUUCAGAAUUAUAUUUUUGGAGACCUUCAGGUCUUUUACAAUGUUUACCAAUAUUUUCAAUGUCAUUAUUUUGCCAGACACAAUUAUUUGACAUAUUUGAAUCAAUAUCACAUGAAUCACUUGAUAAAUUGAAUAGUAUAGUUCGUUCUUCUAUGAAUAUGUGUACAUGUGUUUACAUAAGUGUAGGAAUUCUUGGUUACAUAGCUUAUCAUGAUCAAUCAUCACUUAGUGGUAAUAUUCUGACAAGUUUUUCUCAAUGCUUAUCAAGUGAUGUAAUAAAGAUUGGCUUCAUAAUGUCUAUUGCUGUGAGCUUCCCUCUUGUAAUUUUCCCAUGCAGAUCCUCAAUAUAUUCGUUACUUUCUUCCAAGGAAUAUGUACUCGUAUCUGGUGGACGACAACAUAUUGCAGAAACACCAUUCAAGUGCAUCACAUUUUUUAUUGUUACAUUUUCUCUAGUGACUGGUCUACUGAUGCCUAAUAUUGAAGUAGUAUUAGGAUUAAUUGGUUCUACGAUUGGAGUAAUUAUAAACGUUAUGUUUCCAUCAAUGUUUUUAGUACGAGUGGCUAAUAAAAAUCCUAAAGAAAAAUUUUGGGCAAAAUUUAUCAUAUUAGUUGGUGUUUUCAUUAUGGUAAUGGGUACAAUGGCUAAUCUUUUUGCUAUUCAACAAUCGUUAGAGUUGUCAAAAACAAUAGAACAAGAAGUUAUCAGCACAAAACAUAUUGUCUCGGCUAAUAAUGUACACAAUGAGCAUUUACAAAAAAAAAUUGAAGAAAAGCCAUUAAAAAAAAACAAAGUGAAAGCUAAAAAAGAGUCUAAAGAAAUUCCAAAUAUUAAAAUUGAAGCAAAACCUUCGGAAGAAAUUCGUGUAGAACCUCCUAUUCCCGUCGAGCCCGUAGAUGCUGUAAAACCGAUCGUAAAAACUAUUAACAGUAAAAUUGAAACAGCAAACUCGAUAAGUAAAGAUGCUAUUAAAAAAGAAGAAGAAGAGUUGGAAAAACGACCUGAAAUAGAUAUACUUGAAAAAUUAAAAAGUCACGAAAAUGAAGGGAAAAAAAUAUUAGCGGAAUCAAAACAAAUUUUAAACGAAUUAAAAGAAACUCGUUUAAAACUUGAAAAAAAUAACGAUGAACUGAAAUUAAUAAAUAAAUUAAAUACGACAGAAUUAAAACUAAAAAACAUGAAUAUUAUGCUUCAAAAUGAAAACGAUAAAAAAAUUAAAUUAGAGGAGGUAAUUAAAGAUAAGAUUCCAAUUCCUUUAGCACUACAUGAAAAUAACUCUACUAAGAGUAAAAAUACUAAUACAGAAUUAAUCAGAGAAAAACGAUAUACUAAAGUGAUAAAAAAAUCAUUAAACGAUGAAGUCGAAAAUUGCAAAAAAGAAGAGAAAGCUCAAGAAAAAAAACUUAAAUCUCAAGAACAAAAUAAUAAUAUUGAAGAAAUAAAUGUUCAAGAAAUCAAAUUCGAAAAUUAAUUUUUAAUCAUCCAUAAUUUGUAUUUAACUGAUCUCUAAAUCAUUCCGUAUUUUUUAACAUUCAUAUAUAUAGUUGCAAUAUUAUAAUUUAAUUACAAAUAUUUUUGUAAUGUAAUUUAAUUAUAAAGUAUUUAUUGUUUAACAUAUUAUUUAUAAUUAAUUGUAUUAUCGAGGUAAUAUAAAAUGUUCCUAUACAGUUUGAUUAAUCAUUAACUUAAUAACAAAUUAUUAUAUUUUUUAAUUGUAAAUACUUUACGAUUGUGACUAAAAUUUAUUAAUGAAUGAUAUUAAAUAAAAUCACGUUGUUAACUUGAUAAUCCUAGAAUCAAUUUUAAGAUGUAAUGAGGUUUUAAAAAAGAAGGGUGUUAAUGAUAGUGUUUAGAAACUUUUAUGUUUUAAAGAAAUCAUCAAAACUGCAAGUUUCAAAUUAUAAAGUAUGAUUUCUCGUUUCAAAUUCAAUUUUAAAAUUAUUUUAUUAUAAUUUUUUUUUAUUAAAAAAAAAUAUUUAUAAUUCUAGGGUCAUUAGCUA